GAAUCCUUUAAAUGCAUAGGAUGAUAAUGAAGAGAAUUCAAACGAUGGGACUCAGCCUUCCAAGAGAAGGCGGAUGGGCUCAGGAGACAGCUCUAGGAGUUGUGAGACUUCAAGUCAAGACCUUGGCUUUAGUUACUAUCCAGCAGAAAAUUUGAUAGAGUACAAAUGGCCACCUGAUGAAACAGGAGAAUACUAUAUGCUUCAAGAACAAGUCAGUGAAUAUUUGGGUGUGACCUCCUUUAAACGGAAGUAUCCAGAUUUAGAGCGACGAGAUUUGUCUCAUAAGGAGAAACUGUACCUAAGAGAGCUAAAUGUCAUUACAGAAACUCAGUGCACUCUAGGUUUAACAGCAUUGCGUAGUGAUGAAGUGAUUGAUUUAAUGAUAAAAGAAUAUCCAGCCAAACAUGCUGAAUAUUCUGUUAUUCUACAAGAAAAAGAACGCCAGCGAAUUACAGAUCACUAUAAAGAAUAUUCUCAAAUGCAACAACAAAAUACUCAAAAAGUUGAAGCCAGCAAAGUGCCCGAGUAUAUUAAAAAAGCUGCAAAAAAAGCAGCUGAAUUCAACAGCAACUUAAACCGGGAACGCAUGGAAGAAAGAAGAGCUUAUUUUGACUUACAGACACAUGUCAUCCAGGUGCCUCAAGGGAAGUACAAAGUCUUGCCGACAGAGCGAACAAAGGUCAGUUCUUACCCCGUGGCACUCAUCCCAGGACAGUUCCAGGAGUAUUACAAGAGGUAUUCUCCAGAUGAGCUCCGGUAUUUGCCAUUAAACACAGCCCUGUAUGAGCCCCCCCUGGAUCCCGAGCUCCCUGCACUAGACAGUGAUGGGGACUCUGAUGAUGCUGAAGAUGGUCGAGGUGAUGAGAAGAGGAAAAACAGAGGCACUUCGGACAGCUCCUCGGGCAACGCGUCUGAAGGGGACAGCCCUCCUGACAGCCAGGAGGACUCCUUCCCAGGAAGACCCACGUCGAAAGACAAAGCUGCCACUCCACGAAAAGAGGGUGCCAAACGCUCUGUACUGUCCAAAUCAGUUCCUGGGUACAAGCCAAAGGUCAUUCCAAAUGCUCUAUGUGGAAUUUGUCUGAAGGGUAAGGAGUCCAACAAGAAAGGAAAGGCUGAAUCACUUAUACACUGCUCCCAGUGUGAGAACAGUGGCCAUCCUUCUUGCUUGGAUAUGACCAUGGAGCUUGUUUCUAUGAUUAAGACCUACCCAUGGCAGUGUAUGGAAUGUAAGACAUGCAUUAUAUGUGGACAGCCCCACCAUGAAGAAGAAAUGAUGUUCUGUGAUGUGUGUGACAGAGGUUAUCAUACUUUUUGUGUGGGCCUUGGUGCUAUUCCAUCAGGUCGCUGGAUCUGUGACUGUUGUCAGCAAGCCUCCCCAACACCCAGGAAGGUGGGCAGAAGGGGGAAAAACAGCAAAGAGGGGUAGAUCUGUUACCCUAACGCUGUGUGUGCACUUAAGUGGAAUAUUUAGUACCAGUUUAUUUACAUAUUCAUUUUUAUGCCAAUAAAAGCUUUCGGAAGUCAACGAUGGUC